AUUUUUUUCUUUUCUUUCGUACAUUUUUUUAAUUUUUCAAAAGCUUUUCUUGAAAUAUCAUGAUGAUGCGUAACAUCGUUUUAAAUACUGUCGGCAAAUCUGUCAGAAGGCCUUUGCUAACUUCUACAACUAUAAAGAGAAACUAUCAUGAAAAGGUUAUUGAUCACUACGAACGACCGCGCAAUGUUGGUUCCAUGGAUAAAAAAGAUAAAAACGUUGGAACAGGUAUCGUGGGUGCGCCCGCUUGUGGUGAUGUUAUGAAGUUACAAAUCAAGGUUGACGAUGUCACUGGUAAAAUUGUUGAUGUCAAGUUCAAGACAUUCGGUUGCGGCUCUGCUAUUGCUUCCUCUAGUCUGUUGACAGAACGUGUGCGAGGCAUGACUUUAGAUCAAGCCAACUCCAUUAAGAACACAGAAAUUGCUAAAGAGUUAUGUUUACCACCUGUCAAGCUGCAUUGUUCCAUGCUUGCUGAGGAUGCUAUCAAGUCUGCUAUUAAAGACUACAUGUCAAAGCGUCCAAAGAAAUCCGCUUAAGUUUAAGUAAACAUUUGUCAAAGAAAAUAAUAACCAAUACAUAUUUAUUCCCUUUUGAACCAAAAAUCUGAUAAUGCAUGUACAUUAGUUCAUUCAGAAUUGAGCAAUCAAAAGUGGAUAAUUAAGUCAUCGUUCUCCAUGUAGUUUAUCAGUCCCCGUACUUAUACAUAAUUUUUGAAAAU